AUGUAUCGCCAUUACAUGGGUGUGUGUUUUGCAGGAGACAUCUUCCUGAUCCGAGGCGGAAUGAGGGCCGUUGAGUUUAAGGUCGUGGAGACUGACCCAACUCCCCACUGCAUUGUGGCUCCCGACACGAUCCUUCACUGUGAGGGAGAGCCAAUCAAACGAGAGGACGAGGAGGAGAAUCUGAAUGACGUCGGGUACGAUGACAUCGGAGGAUGCCGCAAGCAGUUGGCGCAGAUCAAGGAGAUGGUGGAGCUCCCUCUGCGCCACCCAACCCUCUUCAAAGCCAUCGGCGUGAAGCCUCCUCGAGGGAUCUUGCUGUACGGGCCUCCGGGGACUGGGAAAACACUGGUGGCCCGAGCUGUGGCCAAUGAAACCGGAGCAUUCUUCUUCCUCAUCAACGGUCCUGAAAUUAUGAGCAAAUUAGCUGGCGAAUCGGAGAGUAACCUGAGGAAGGCAUUUGAGGAAGCUGAAAAGAACGCCCCAGCCAUUAUCUUCAUUGACGAACUGGAUGCUAUUGCCCCGAAGAGAGAGAAGACUCACGGGGAGGUGGAACGCCGUAUCGUCUCCCAACUGCUGACCCUCAUGGACGGCCUGAAGCAACGUUCUCACGUCAUUGUCAUUGCUGCCACCAACAGACCAAACAGCAUUGACCCUGCCCUCCGCAGAUUUGGUCGGUUUGAUCGGGAAAUCGAUAUUGGAAUUCCAGAUUCCAUCGGGAGACUGGAGAUCUUGCAAAUCCACACGAAAAACAUGAAGCUGUCAGACGAUGUGGAUCUCGAGAGGGCGCGGCAAGCUGCCCCCUGCAUCUUGUUCUUCGAUGAGCUGGACUCCAUUGCGAAGUCUCGGGGAGGGAGCGCUGGCGAUGGCGGGGGGGCAUCGGACAGGGUGAUCAACCAGAUCCUCACCGAGAUGGACGGCAUGUCGGACAAGAAGAAUGUCUUCAUUGUGGGAGCCACAAACAGGCCGGACAUCAUUGACCCAGCCAUCUUGCGACCCGGCCGCUUGGAUCAGCUGAUUUAUAUCCCACUGCCCGACGAGAAAUCCAGGGCGUCCAUUUUGAAAGCUAACCUGAGGAAGUCGCCCAUUGCCAAGAAUGUGGACUUGGCGUACCUGGCCAAAAUAACACAUGGCUUCUCGGGUGCUGACCUGACUGAGGUUUGUCAGCGGGUUUGCAAACUCGCCAUCCGAGAGGCCAUCGAAGCGGAGAUUAAACGGGAGCAGGAACACCAAAACAACCCGGAUGUAGCCAUGGAGGACGACUACGACCCCGUCCCUGAGAUUCGUCGGGACCACUUCGAGGAGGCUAUGAGGUUCGGCCGCCGCUCGGUCAGUGACAACGACAUCCGGAAAUACGAGAUGUUCGCCCAGACGCUGCAGCAGAGCCGCGGUUUCGGAAAUUUCAGGUUUCCGUCCAGCAAUCCGAGUGGCGGCCAGGGGAGUGGUGACGGAGGGAGUGGAGGGAACUUGUAUCGCGAAGAGGGAGAUGAUGACCUCUACAACUGAGCAGCGAGUUCAGAGGUCAAAGAGUACUGGGUCACAGUCUGAGGACAGGCAGCCUUUGCGCACAGCCAAGGACAAAGCUGUUAGCUGCACCGUGCUGGAAAGUGGCACACUUUACUUGGAUUCCGCAUUUACUUCCGCGUUUUUUUGUUUGAACUCUGACCCCAUGUCCCAGGGUUUGGUUUUGGCAGGCACGGCUUCAUGACUCGGUGUUUUGUAUGGUACACGGAGUAAACACACCUGUCCAUUGCCAUGGUUACCGUGUGGGCAUUGGGUGCAUGCUUGUGUGAGUUUGGUGUACCUGUGUGUAUAUAGAAAUAUAUAGAGGUACAUGUGUGAGUGUGAGCUCAGUUAUGACUGCCAUCCAUUCAGAUGCAGGCAAGAAAGCUCAGUCUUUCACGAUGUGACUAAACCAAACCAAAGGCCUGGUCCCUGGAGACAGAAGAAGACCCUUUCUGAUAGGUGAGGUACUUGUCACAGAGCCAUACAGCAUGGAAACAGACCCUUCGGUCCAACCAGUCCACGAUGAGCAUAAUCCCAAACUGUGUGGUAUUCCCUAAAGGAUUUCAAUGCUGUACAUUGAGAGGGAUCCAAAUUGUCUCUCUAAACCCAUUGUCUCACCUGUCUCAAUUUCUGUCUACCUUAGAACUGAUUUUAUGGCCAAUCCUGUAUUACAAACUGGAAUAUGUUAUACAGACUCCAUGUGCUAAGACCAGGGACAGGAUGUGUCUCUGCAGCCAUGAUGAGGAUCGGGUCUCAGUCACCAACCUCCCAGCUUUUUGUAUAUGGGAUCAGACUGAGUGCUCUCUGCUCUCUCCAACUCCACCCCAAGCACCUCAGAUUGGCAACUCUCAUCCCCCUUCUCAUAUCUGUUCAUCCCCUUGAGAGGAUCAAUCCCUCCCCUAUCUCUGUCACCUCCUUCAGCCCUACAAUUGACCCUCUGGUUUGGACACUACGUUGUGUCACCUUGAGAGCACCCCCUCCCCACACACGGGCCUGAGGUGUGAUCCUCUGCAGGCCCCAGGCCUCAGUGUAAAUUAUGCCAGCCAGCUGGGAGUGGGGCCAACUCUCCAGCUCAGAAUGCCCCAGGCACAACAGGAAAUGAAGUUAACGCUCCAGGCUGCAGCUGUGACGUGGAUAGUGUAGGAUCUAUGUAAUAAAAAUAUGGGUUUACUUGAA